AUGUCUUCCGGCGAACACAACCUCGCCGUCCUCCUAGCGACCAUGAAACCAACUCUAGACCCAGAAGUCUACGUCUUCAUAAACACCCAACAACCUCUGUCAUCCCUUCCGCUAGAAACCAUCAAACCGCAACUGAUAGUCCAAGAGGCUGAGGGGACGACGAUCGUGACAACAGAAGCUAUAGCCGCAGCGCAUUCCUUCGAAGAGGUCGUUUUCCCAUGCCGGAAGAUCUCGCUCACUAUUCACUCCAGCCUUGAAGCGGUCGGGUUGAUCGCUGCCAUUACCAAUCGGUUGAAGGAUUACUCUAUCAGUACGAAUGUUGUUAGUGGGUUCUUCCAUGAUCAUAUCUAUGUUCCAGCUGGGCGGGCAGAUGAUGCGAUGCUGGUUUUGGAGAGGAUUUCUGUGGAGGCGAACAAGAGCUCGGAGUAA